AAACGAAGAAGUCCAAUAAACAAAGUAAUGUGUCUUGAAACUGAUCGGACGUAUUUUAUUUUUUUUAAGCGAUUUUUACUGCAGUUUUAUAUUUCAUAGUGUUAUUUUACAUCUGAGUGUACUUAUUUAUUUAGAGACGAUAUGUUAUAGCUAUUUGUUGUGCUUAUCGUCUGUUUUGGCAACGGAGUCGGCGGCCGACAAAUGGAGAUCGUGUCCGGCUCGGGGUCCGCGGGGACCCCGGGCUCCAUGUCCGACGACAUGGAGGGCCUCGGCGGCGGCGGGGUCUUGCCCCACCUGGGCGCCAUCAAAACCGAGCAGGGGAUGCCGGCGAGCGGCGGCGACGACGCGGCCAACCCCAACGUGGCCAUGGGCAUCAAGUUCAUCCUGCCGAAACGCUUCGACAUGAACGUUUGCUCCCGCUUCGUCAAGUCGCUCAACGAGGAGGACAGCAAGAACAUCCAAGACCAGGUCAACUCCGACCUGGAGGUCGCCUCCGUGCUCUUCAAAGCGGAGUGCAACAUCCAGACGUCUCCGUCGGCGGGCAUCCCGGUGCGUCACGUGUACACGCCGUCCACCACCAAGCACUUCUCGCCCAUCAAGCAGUCCACCACGCUCACCAACAAGCACCGCGGCAACGAGGUCUCGUCCACGCCGCUGCUCGUGCACUCUUUAUCCAUCCAUCAGCUGGCGGCGCAAGGGGAGAUGGUCUUCCUGGCCGGGAGGAUAGAACAAGAGACGGUGAUAAACGUGCAGGACGAGGAAGGCUUCACUCCGCUCAUGUGGGCGGCGGCGCACGGGCAGAUUGCCGUGGUGGAGUUUCUGCUCCAGAACGGCGCCGAUCCCAACCUGCUGGCCAAAGGACGCGAGAGCGCCUUGUCGCUGGCGUGCAGCAAAGGCUACACGGACAUCGUCAAGAUGCUCAUCGACUGCGGCGUCGACGUCAACGAGUACGACUGGAACGGGGGAGCCCCCCUGCUGUACGCCGUCCACGGCAAUCACAUCCGCUGCGUGGAGCUCCUCUUAGAAAGCGGCGCCGAUCCCACCGUGGAGUCCGACUCCGGUUUCAACGCCAUGGACAUGGCCGUGGCCAUGGGGCAUCGCAACGUUCAACAGGUGAUGGAGGCGCACCUGCUGAGGUUGCUCAUGGGCAUCCGAGAGUGACGUCGUCACGGACGUCCGCCAGUGUUUGCUUCGCUUGUGCUGUGUUUGGAUUUUUUGCCGUUUAAAAAGAAAAACAAAAACGUUUCUAGUGAGUGCAGGUGAGCCCCUCACCAGCAAUCAUCACGUUAUUUAUUUCACGUCUUUUGAUGUCGGUAAUACUUUUUUUCAAUAUUUAAUUGAAGUAUUAUUGUAUUUUGUGUAUUUAAAUGUAAUUGUUUUUAAUUUAACUGAAAAAUUAACUACUUUUUAACUUAUUGAAUUUCACUUUUUUUUUUUUAGAUUUAAAUUGGAACCAAAUGUUAAAUUGUGAUUUAUAAAGAUACAAAUCUACAUAAAUUUGUAGUUGAAAAAUUACAAUUGUUUUUUAGUAGGUGUGAAAAAAAAUAUUUCUGCCGAUGUAAUUUUUUUUUUCCCAUAAAAAAGAUGUUGUAAGCCAGUGUUUUCCCCCCAGGAAAUACUUUUUUUCCUCCGAAAAUUAUUAUUGGGCACUCGCGUGACUUUAGGCAUAAAAUAAAAUACAUCAAAAAUUGAUAUAUAAGUCCUCAACAGUAGAUGGCGCUGCACUGGCAGUUUGACAUCAGUGAGUCAUCCAUCAAAAAGAUUGCAAACAGACCAUUUUCUUUGUCAUUGUAUUAAUCGAAAUUUAAAUAUGGUAAUUGAUGUAGUAGUACUCAGUAUCUGUGGGUACUUGAGAGUGAAUACUUGUGUGAAAUGUAACGCGUCACACGUUCUUCAUACAGGCCCCGCGGCUCAGUGGUUAGAGCAUUGGUCUGGUAAGCCAGGGGUCGUGAGUUUGAAUCCCGCUGGGGCCUCCACGUUGUGUCAGGAAGGGCGUCCGCUGUAAAAACUGUGCCAAAUAUGAACAUUCAUCUGAGGAGAGCUGAAAGAAACUUCUUCACGUGUCCUUAAAAUGAUCAUUUUCAAUUCCUUCUAGUUACAAAAUAGGAACAGUGAAGGCUGAAAUUACAUUUUUUUUUUUUUGCAUGUGUACAUUUGAGGGACGACAUCCCUCUGCUUGUGUUCAUAUUUAAUAUUUGUGCUGUGAUUUCCAUGCCGCCAUCUAUUUUGUCUAUAAAAGU